CAGCGUCAAGAACGGUCAGAUCGUUAACACACGAAUACUAGAAUACCGAGUGUAUAAACACAGGCGUGGUAGACGAGGCGGUAACACUCCGGUACAAGAAACCUCGGUUCGCUGGAACAAGUUACGUCGGAAAAUCAAUAAUCAUUAAUAGUUAGUGAUCAAAACUGAAACUAUCGUCAUGAUAGACCUGUGGACCGUGGCCAUGGCGCUGGUCGUCGUGGCUACAAUAGCCGUGUACUACUAUCUGAAAAGAUCACUGCAAUACUUCAAUGAGCGCGGAAUUCCGCACACAAACCAGAUCCCGUUCUUUAGCAGCGUCUGGAUGCUGUUCAUCAAAAAGAUAACCUUCGCAGAAAUGGUCACUGAUUUUUACAAAUCGCAGCCUGACGCGAAAUACGUAGGCGUUUACGACUUCGCCGUGCCGAUGAUCAUGAUCCGCGACUUGGAGCUGAUCAAGUCUAUUACGAUGAAGAAUAUCGAGCACUUCCAGGACCACAGGUCAAUCAAAGCGGAUGAAAUUGAGCCUAUCUUCGGUAAAAAUCUCUUCGCCCUGCGCGGGGAACGAUGGAAGGAGGUGCGAACGUUGCUAAGUCCCGCGUUCACGUCCAGCAAGAUGAAGGCGAUGUACAAGCUGAUGCGCGAGUGCGCCAACAAAUACGGAGAACAUUUCGCCGCAAUACCGGAAAAGGACAAAUCUAUCGAGCUGAAGGACGCCUUCACCAGGUACACGAACGACGUGAUCGCCACUUGCGCGUUCGGUGUGAACGUUGACUCGAUGGCUAAUCGGGACAACAAGUUCUAUGCCAACGGAAGAACCGCUACCAAGUUUGGCAAAUGGCAGACGCUCAAGUUCUUCGUAAUACGCAGUUUUCCCUGGGUCUUCAAAUGGACCGGCAUGAAACUGUUUGAUCCAAAGGUCACUCAAUUCUUCAUGGACCUAAUUCAAGACACGAUAAAGACCAGGGACGAACAGGGCAUCGUGCGACCGGAUAUGAUACAGCUGAUGAUGGAGACCCGGGGCAAGAUGGGCCCAGGCAAAGAACUCUCCAUAGUGGACAUGACCGCGCAAGCGUUCGUCUUCUUCUUCGGUGGAUUCGAAAGCAGCUCGACCUUGAUGUGCUUCGCUGCCUACGAAGUAGGUGUAAAUCCAGAUGUCCAGGAGAGGUUGCAGGAGGAGAUCGAUGAUGUAUUGGAGAAAUCUAAUGGCGAGGUGACUUACGAGGCGAUCAACGACAUGAAGUAUCUCGAUGCGAUUAUAAACGAGGCUCUCAGGAUGUACCCGGUCAUAGUUGCUACCGAUCGAACCUGCACGAAACCGUUCGAACUGCCACCUGCGAAGCCCGGUCUGAAGCCGUAUGUGGUGCAGAAGGAUGAGUAUAUUUGGAUUCCGAUCUAUGGAGUUCAGUACGAUCCUCAAUACUUCGAGGAACCGACCAAGUUCAAACCGGAAAGGUUCAUCGACGACCCGAAGAAGAUCUUGAACUCCGGGAUGUUCUUGAGCUUCGGCUUGGGCCCGAGGAUGUGCAUCGGCAACAGGUUCGCGCUUCUGGAGACCAAGGUUUUGCUCUUCAACUUGUUUUCUCGCUGCAACUUGAAACCAAACGCCAGAACCACAAUUCCCAUGGAGCUCAGCAGGGACACCUUCCAGAUGACGGCCAAAGGUGGAUUUUGGUUCGAUAUCGAGCCGAGGAAAUUGACCGCUCGUGUUCUCGUUAACUCUGUCAGCAAUGGCAGUGAUGCGCAUUCGGUGAUCAGAAGUGCAACGGUCGUCAUGAUAGACCUGUGGACCAUGAUCAUGACGCUGGUCGUCGGCGCAAUUAUAACGAUGUACUAUUAUCUGAGAGGACCAUGGACAUUCUUCACUGAACGUGGUAUCCCGCACGCAAACCAAUACCCGUUCUUCAGCAAUUUCUGGACGCUGUUCGUCAAAAAGAAAAACAUGGCAGAAAUGAUGAGCGAAGUAUACCCAGCAGUGCCUGGCGCUAAGUACGUGGGUAUCUACGACUUCGCUACGCCAAUGAUCAUGAUCCGCGACUUGGAACUGAUCAAGUCUAUUAUGAUAAAGAACAUCGAGCACUUCCAGGACCACAGGUCAUUCCAAAUGGAGGAAGUUGAGCCAAUUUUUGGCAAGAACCUAUUCUCCCUGCGCGGAGAACGAUGGAAGGAGGUGCGAACGUUGCUAAGUCCCGCGUUCACGUCCAGCAAGAUGAAGGCGAUGUACAAGCUGAUGCGCGAGUGCGCCAACAAAUACGGAGAACAUUUCGCCGCAAUACCGGAAAAGGACAAAUCUAUCGAGCUGAAGGACGCCUUCACCAGGUACACGAACGACGUGAUCGCCACCUGCGCGUUCGGUGUGAACGUUGACUCGAUGGCUGAUCGGAACAACAAGUUCUAUGUCAACGGAAGAACCGCUACCAAGUUUGGCAAAUGGCAGACGGCAAAGUUCUUCUUAGUACGCAGUUUUCCCUGGCUCUUCAGAUUCACCGGCUUGAAAGUGUUUGAUACAAAGGUCACUCAAUUCUUCACGGACCUAAUUCAAGACACAAUAAACACCAGGGACGAACAGGGCAUCGUGCGACCGGACAUGAUACAGCUGAUGAUGGAGACUCGGGGCAAGAUGGGCCCAGGCAAAGAACUCUCCAUAGUGGACAUGACUGCGCAAGCAUUCGUUUUCUUCCUUGGCGGAUUCGAGAGCACUUCGGUCUUGAUGUGCUUCGCUGCCUACGAGGUAGGUGUCAACCCGGAGAUACAGAAGAGGUUGCAGGAGGAGAUCGAUGAUGUAUUGGAGAAAAGUAAUGGCGAGGUGACUUACGAGGCGGUCAACGACAUGAAGUAUCUCGAUGCAAUUAUAAACGAGGCUCUCAGGAUGUACCCGGCCGCAGUCUUCACUGAUCGAGCCUGCACAAAACCGUUCGAGCUGCCACCUGCGAAGCCCGGUCUGAAGCCGUAUGUGGUGCAGAAGGAUGAGUAUAUUUGGAUUCCGAUCUAUGGUGUUCAGAACGAUCCUCAAUACUUCGAGGAACCGACCAAGUUCAAACCGGAAAGGUUCAUCGACGACCCGAAGAAGAUCUUGAACUCCGGGAUGUUCUUAAGCUUCGGUUUGGGCCCGAGGAUGUGCAUCGGCAACAGGUUCGCGCUUCUGGAGACCAAGGUUUUGCUCUUCAACUUGUUUGCUCGCUGCAACUUGAAACCAAACGCCAGAACCACAAUUCCCAUGGAGCUCAGCAGGGACACCUUCCAGAUGACGGCCAAAGGUGGAUUUUGCACAGGCCAAAGGUGCUAUCCUCAACAAUAUCCCCACCAUGAACCAGCGUCGCCGGUUUCCAUCGAGAUCUCAAACGGGCACGCUGCUGCCACUGACUCACUCUAUGUCAGUUCGUUGGUGAACACUGUCUCUGAGGACAUUAACUCAGAGCCACUGAUCGAAACCGUCACCAUGGUAGACGCAUGGUCGCUGACCUUGGCGCUGUGCGUGGCAGGAUUGGCGGCACUCUAUUACUAUCUAAGAGGAGUGUUAAGUUAUUUUCGUGUUCGCGGAAUCCCGGAGGUGAACUACUCCCCGAUCAUAGAACUAAUUAAGCUGAUUUUCGGAAGGACCACGGUUGCCGACAUGGCAUUGAAAAUGUACGGAUCAUCGCAUCCGGACGCGAAGUAUGUAGGCUCCUUCGAUAUUUUUACACCGGCGUUCGUGAUUCGUGAUAUCGAGCUGCUUAAGUCCAUCAUGGUGAAGAAUUUCGAGCACUUCCAGGACCACAGACUGUUCGUAGCCACCUCGAAGGAGCCCCUGUUCAACAAGAAUCUGCUCGGCCUGACAGGGGAGCGAUGGAAAGAGGUGCGCAACUUAUUGAGCCCCGCUUUCACGUCCAGCAAGAUGAAGGCGAUGUUCAAGCUGAUGCGCGAGUGCGGAGACAGAUACGGAAACUACUUUGCGACGCUGCCAGAGAAUGGUAGGUCCGUAGAGCUGAAGGACGCCUUCACCAGGUACACCAACGACGUGAUCGGCACGUGUGCAUUCGGCGUAAAUGUGGACUCGAUAGCGGAUCGUCACAACAAGUUCUAUGUAUACGGCAGAACUGCGACUAACUUUUCUGGAUUGGCAUUGGUGAAGAUGUUCAUGGAACGCUUUGCUCCAAGCCUAACUACAUUGCUGGGUAUAAAGGUGUUGGAUCCGGCGAUCAGCGGUUUCUUCAGAGAUUUGGUAGCGACUACUAUCGAAACGAGGGAUGAACAGGGCAUCGUGCGGCCGGACAUGAUACAGUUGAUGAUGGAGACCAGGGGGAAGUUGGGUCCAGGAAAAGAACUCACGAUAGAAGACAUGACCGCGCAAGCAUUCAUUUUCUUCGUUGGUGGAUUCGACAGCACGUCGGUCUUGAUGUGCUUCGCCGCCUACGAGAUAGGUGUAAACCCGGAGAUCCAGAAGAGGUUGCAGGAGGAGAUCGACGAGGUAUUGGAGAGUAACAACGGCGAGGUGACCUACGAGGCGAUCAACGACAUGAAGUAUUUAGACGCUGUUAUAAACGAAGCACUCAGGAUGUAUCCUGCAAUAGUUGUCACUGACAGAAUUUGUACGAAACCGUUCGAGCUGCCACCAGCUUUGCCAGAUUCGAAAUCACAUAUCGUUGAGAAGGGCACUCUCCUUACCAUUCCGAUCUAUGGGAUUCAGCACGAUCCUCAAUACUUCGACGAACCGUCCAAGUUCAAUCCCGAACGAUUUCUCGACGAUCCAAAGAAGACUUUGAAUUCGGGGACGUUUCUGACCUUCGGUUUGGGCCCGAGGAUGUGCAUCGGCAACAGGUUCGCGCUUCUGGAGACCAAGGUUCUGCUGUUUAACUUGUUCGCACGCUGCAAUUUAAAAGCCAAUUCGAAAACUACGAUUCCGAUGAAACUGACCAUGUCAGGAUUCAUGAUCUCGUGCAAAGGUGGAUUUUGGUUCGAUAUUGAGCCGAGGAAAGUCGCUGCGCCUGUUCCCGUCACCCCUAUUUCCAGUGGAAGUGCUAUUAAUUAGAAAAAUGCGGUAGCCUGAGCACGACUCGCAAAAUACAGACUUCAACAUCGUUCAUCGUUUACACUGCUUCGGGAACGUUACUUGCGAAGGAAACCAAAACUGCAAACGGUAGAUAACGAAAGGGACGCCGCGCAUUUCAUCUUAUUACGAAGGAGUCAGCACUUUCGAGCAUAGAAUACGAGUUUAAUGGCGACACAGACAAGGAUAAUAGAACGGGAAAGAACGAAAGCAACCGAAUUCUGGCGUGUUUGAAACACAGAAUACGCGUGGAAUAUCGUGGAGAAGGAAGAUAAAAGCUGCGCAAAGUGAACGAAUAACGCCAGUUCUGUGAGAGAGCGUCCGACAGAACGUUCGCUGGUGAAUACUGUCUUUGAGAAUAUUAACACGGCGUCGGCUUGCAUAGCAUAGGCAAUCGGCGAAUAACAGUGUAUAAAUAAACCGAAACGGUGGAGUAUAUCGGAACGGUC